AACCUUUCAUUUUAACAACCUCACAACGCGCAUGCGCUGAUUUCAGUCGAGAAACAUGAUUGGCACCCUGUUGUUUUAUGCACUCUACCCACUGUCACGGUACCUCACCGGUCGAGACUCAGAGCCCCCAAAGAAGGGUCUUUCUCCUGCAGUGGUUAAUGGCACAGCAGUAUGGGAUGGUGGUGCUGUCACAACCAGGAGGUUCACCCAGUCUCAGACAACCCUGCUGGACCAGUGGCUCAGCCCAAGCAGUGGGACCAAAGGAGAAACGAAAGAAAGGAUGAAAGAGCAAAGCCCAGAAAAAGAUGAUCCAAGAACCCACACGGACAAAGAACAGCUUGUGGCUGUCCUGCGUGAAGAAACUAAAAAUAAAGCUGUAAAGAUAAUGAGUGAGAUGCAACAACACAAAGUGAAAGUUCCCCCACAAGAGGAUAUCCACGUGGUGCUGCUUAGGGAGCAAAACACAGAGGAUGCAAUUAUUUCUCCAACUGAGGAUACCAGUCCAGUACAAGCACUUGGGGCACAGUUAAAGUGCCUGCAGACAGAUGACAGCACACAAGAAACUGCCUGUCCAGUUCAGCAGCAAGUACAGAUACACACCAUGGCAGAGUCAGUAACUCCAGCUGAGGACAGCAUACAAGAAGCUUCCUGUUCAGUGCAGAAACAAAUACAGAUAUCAAGUGUGGAAGAGCCUGUGCCUUCAUUUGAAACUGUUGAUAAAGUAACUGAGUGCUGGGAUGAAUAUGUAGGUCCCGUUGCUGAUGAAAUGCAUGGUGGAGCAAGCAGUUCUGAUCUGGUAUUUGCUUCUCUUCUCUCUAACACUCAAACCCACCUUAACUUCAACGAGCAGCAUGAUACACAAACUGGCUGGCACUUCCCUGCAGGACCUGGCUUGUCUGAAGAAGUGCAGUGCCCACUGUGGCAGUUUCCUGCCCUGAGCUAUUACCCUACAUUAGAGCCGACAGUUCCCUUUGAAGUAAUGUGGAGAGUAUGGGAGGAGAUGGAUGAGAAUGCCGCUGCAGCAGAGCCUGCCCUCAUACCCUUUCCAUUCGCAAAGGCGUCGAUGGACUUCACUGUCAUGUCCUACAACAUCCUUGCUCAGGAUUUACUGGAGGCAAACCAGGACCUGUACAUGCACUGUCCCCUGGAGGUGCUGGACUGGAACUACCGGUGCAGCCUGCUCCUAGAGGAAAUACUGAAAUGGGCACCAGAUAUUCUGUGUCUCCAAGAGGUUCAGGAGAACCACUACCAUGAAUGCCUGUAUCCAGUCCUUUGUCAGAUGGGUUACACUUGUGUGUACAAGCGGCGUACAGGAACCAAGACAGAUGGCUGCGCAACUUGUUAUCGAAGCACUUGCUUCUCAGAGGUAUCAGUCACCCCGUUGGAGUUCUUCAGGCCUGACACGGAGCUGCUGGACCGGCACAACGUGGGCAUUGUUUUGCUGCUUCAGCCAGUGGUCACCCAGGGGUCUGAAGCCAAGGCGAAGGGCCCGCUCCUCUGUGUGGCCAACACCCACCUGCUCUUCAACCCCAGGAGGGGUGACGUGAAGCUGGCUCAGUUAGCCAUAAUGCUGGCAGAGAUCGACAGCACAGUCAAGUCCUGUAAGGCCAAAGGUGAACACUGUAACGUUGUGAUGUGCGGAGACUUUAAUUCAGUCCCACACAUGCCCCUGUAUCAGCUGAUCACCACCGGGGAGCUCUACUACCAGGGUCUGCCAGCAUGGAUGAUAUCAGGUCAAGAGGACCUGUCCUACAGAACCCACUGUCACAGACUGUUUGCUCCCCUGUGGCCCAGCUGUCUGGGAAUCAAUGACAACUGCCAGUACGCCUCUGUCGAGGACGCACUCGAGAGCCAGAGUCAGAAAUCAGUUCCUCUCUGUGUGGGGAAAUGUCAGUACAGCCAUGAGUUUAUGCUGCAGCUGCGCUAUUGUCCAGCUGCAUGUGUCCGUCCUGCGGACCUGAUGCUGAUCCCGGGCGUGACUGACAACACACCAGAUGCUUCAAGGGGAAAUCAGCUUUAUGAUAAAAGUUUCAGACACACUAUCAGUCAUCAGUUAGACCUGGAGUCGGUCUACAAACAUAUUCUCCCAGGUUCUGGUGCCUCAGAAGUCACAACCCUGCACUCUGAAGUGGGAGCCACUGUCGACUACAUCUUCUACUCCCCGAGACGCAUCUCAACCUCUGAUCCAAAAGCUGGUGGCAGCUUUGCGAGCGAGGGUCUGAAGUUGAUCGGUAGUCUCUCCCUCCUAUCAGAGGAUGUCUUGUGGUCGAUGAAAGGCCUACCCAAUCACGUAUUCCCGUCUGACCAUCUCAGUCUCGUGGCCAAAUUCCAGCUGGACCUGAACGCUGCAUGAUAGGAAAGACUGCGGGUGACCUCAGCAGGAUGGACGUCACAGGAUAAGCAUAUUUCCGUUCAAACGAUUCAGGUUUUGCUCCACACACAUUUGGUUUUUGUUUUUAUUAGUACAAAUACCAUACUUGUGGUUCAGUCCUGGCAACAGUGGAUCAUAGUUUUCGAAGCGAAUUGAAGUUAAUAUUUUUUGUUCAAAAGGGCCAGGAAAAAUAAUGAGUGCCAAAAUUCAGUCUCUUUCCACAUGGUUUUCAUCAGAUAAAUGAUGAGCCAUGAGUGAGAUAUGACAAAUCUUAUUUGCGGUGAUGUAAUUGUUCAUUUUUAAAAAUGAAGGCAGUGAUUGCUUUCUUUUUGGUGUGAUAAUACACUGACCUGUUCAUUUUGUUGAUAAGUGCUCUGUCACAUUUUAAUUUAUUUUAAACCUCAGGUUGAAAUGAGAAUUAGAUUUCUCUGAUUACGAGCCAGUUCUAUUUUUUCAGAUGGCAGAAAUAUUGAAUAAAUGUUUUCCACUAA